AUGAGGAAGCUAGAAAAGCUGACAUUGGUGUUGCUGGCUUCGCUGGAACUAUCCUCAGGUGCCUUUGGUUGGAUGCCGAUUCAACCGGACUUCUUUGUGGUUGGUGGUUCCAAUAAGCCAAUAAUAACAAGCAACUCCAAGAGACGGAAAUCUUUAGUGACAACUUCACUCAGUACCAAUCCGAAUUCUGAGGAAUUGGAAACUGAAACAACAUCAGAAGCAUCAUUACCAGGAAUUGAUUCAGCACGGGAACUCUAUCCACAAUGGAACGUCCUUUUCAAUAAUGGAAGAUUGGAAGUGGAUCCAACGCAUACUCUGAGUUAUCAAAUUCUUGGGAAACCGAAACCAAGCUCACUGGAACAAAACUUGCCUACAAAGUCUAAGGGAAAGAAACUAGUUGGACUAUUCUUACAUGGAGGUCCUGGUGCUGGAUGCUUUCCAAAUCAUGCACGAUUCUUUGAUCCAGAACGGUAUUAUCGAGUGGUCUUGUUGGAUCAGCGAGGAUGCGGAAAAUCGACACCCACUGGAUGCUUGACCAAUAACACCUUGCAGGACUUGGUGGAUGACUGCGAAAGACUGAAGUCGCAUUUGCAAAUUCCUCAUUGGGAUGUCGUCUUGGGAGGCAGCUGGGGGACGACAGUUGCCAUUGCCUAUGGUCAAUCUUAUCCAAAAUCGGUUCGAUCCAUUAUUCUACGGGGAGUAUUCUUGUUUCGGCCGCAAGAAGUAGAUUGGCUGUUUGCGAGUACUGGUGGCGCAGCAAAGAAGUACCCCACUGUAUUCCAAUCGUUUUCUGAGGCUGUGGGUGUUCAGUUCGAAGCGAAAGAUGAUAGUGCUGACGAGAAUGAUAGAGCAAUAUCCCCAUCAGCUGCAUUGCAUGAGCACACUCGUCGUUUAUGGGAGGCACCAACAGAAGAAGAAAGAAAAAAGGCAGCCAGAUCGUGGAUGCAGUGGGAGUUUUUCAAUUCCGUUGCACACAAGAUUCCAUCAUCCGCAAACCUGACGAAUUCCAAUACAACUAUGGAAGCCAUUCGAUCGUGGAAACCUCCUGAGGUACCACCAGUUGCUUUCACGAGCAAGAGUCAAUAUAUUGAUGAAAGUAAACGCUCGUGGACGUACCAAUCUCUUGACCGACGAGUCAUUCCCCCAGAAAAUCUGACACUCGACUUGUCAAAUGUUUUGGACUACCCAGCUGUCCACCAAGCAAAGUUUCGUCGAAAUAUUUCCAGCGGGUACAGUUUGGAUGAUCCCCCAAGAGAGACGGUCCCUAUUACCACACCCACGAUACCAUAUUAUAAAGGGCAGACAGCAUACCGCACUUCGAAUAGUGACAACUCGAAUCUGCCAGUUCAAGCAAUGCUCACCAGUUUCUAUUCGAGCAACUGUGAUCAUUGCCGGAACCACUUGAAUCUUUUGAACCAAGAUAGGAUGAAACAAUUAGAGGACAUUCCAACUACAAUAGUACAAGGUGGGUCCGACGGAAUUUGUCCGCCCGACUCGGCUUUGGAUCUGUUGGAUGCUUGGCCCAAGAAUGGGACAGUUGAACUACGAAUGCCUGUUCACGGUGGUCACUCUAUGUAUGAUCCACUAGUUCGGAAUGAACUACUUUGGGCUGUCGAUCGCAUGGCCGACGCCCUCAUCUGCACGAAAGAGGAAACAUUAGAAGAGUGA